UAGUGGUAGUGGAAAGGCGUUUCUGAAGGUUUUUGAACGAUUCCGUAAUAAAUGUGUAAUUUAGUUGUACGUAUUGUUGUGAAUGAUGUUCUCUGACAGUUAUUAUGAAUAUUUACUUUCGGUCUAGUAAAUUUCUAUACAGCAAUAUUGAAAUGCCACAUGUUGGAAUGUGUAUUUCCAUGUCUAAUAGCUUGUAUUUUUUAUGUCAUGUUCGUAAGUUAAUGAAUAAUGAGACGUCGGUCUUCUGGAAUUUGAUAUUAUAUGGUAUGUUCACCUAUGAUUUUUCCAACUAGCACCGACAGAUUGGCGUUCAUGUGACACAAGUCAACUAUCCAUAAGUUUACCCAUGCUUCUGCCACAGCAUGUUUUCCAGUGAUGGAUGUGUUCCUUUGCUGAUGAGGCAGUCUGUUAGGUAUCUUACUGGAGGUGGCCCAUCAUCUGCAAAGUAAUGGCCUCAGCAACUCUCUCUUCAAGGGUAAGGUUGGGUAUAGAAAAUGCACAGCCUAAGCCAGCUAACUCCAGAUUCAUAUCAAGCAUCCAGACUGGCUCUGAAGCUCACCUGGCCUCCUAUCCAAUGGGUACUGGCUCUUUCCCCAGCAGUAAAGCAGCUGCUGUCUUCCCUGCUGUUGCAGAACCUGGUGCAAAUUAGCACACUUCAAAACGAGGGAUACCCAAAAGCAGGUAUGACGUCACAGCCGUCCUGCAAUCCUGACACUUCGAGCAUAAAGGACAUAUAUGCAGACGAGGGAGAUGAGGAUGGUUUGGGAAGUCCAGUAAUGAGGUACCGCCCUGAUAACCUGGAUGAUAUCACUGCUGCCACCAAGUUCUCCAAGGAUGAAAUACGAUGGGUGUACCGAGCAUUCAAGCAGGAGUGCCCCAGUGGAGCCAUCAAUGAACUCACUUUCAAAAAUAUCUAUGCCAAAUUCUUUCCACUUGGAGAUUCCAGUCACUAUGCUCACUAUGUCUUUGCUGCAUUGGAUCGGGGGCAGUCCGGGACAAUCACAUUCAGGGACUUCAUGCUUGGACUCUCUAUUGUAAUGAAGGGAACCUUGCAAGAGAGACUACGAUGGGCAUUCUCCCUGUAUGACGUAAAUCACGAUGGGUACAUUACGAGAGCAGAAAUGCUUGCUGUUAUUUCUGCCAUAUAUGAGCUGCUGGGGGACAGCAGCAACAUGGCUGAUCACUGCCCACAGUCGCACGUCAAUAUGAUAUUUAAGAAACUGGAUUUGAAUAAUGACGGUGUUAUAACAGUUGAUGAAUUCAUAAACUACUGUUCCAUGGAUGAAAAUAUUCGCAAUUCAUUUGCCAUAUUCGAUGACCUAUGGUAAAAGAACUUGUUGCACAUUACAACAAUCCAAGGUGAACACUUUCCAUGCUUCGCAACUGAAUUCAUUGCAAAACAACAACUCCACGGAGCACCAACAUGACUGAUGUGCACACUUUGAAGAUUAGUCAACAGUAUGAAGCUACAUUGCUUCCACGUACAAAAGUGUGUAGUGUUUGGAGGAAUGCUCAUAUCUUACACCACUCACAUCAAAGAAGACAGCAAUAAAGAGAGGGCACAUGGAAAUGGAAAAUGUUCUCUUGUAGCAAUCAGUAUUCAAAGGUAUUCUGAAGUAGGGUUGCGUGAAGCGCAUCCACUCUUUGCCAUGCCGUUUGUGUUCACUGUAUCCUGACAAUGUCAGAACAAUUAAUUUAAAUGCCCUUUAUAAACUGUCUUAGAAUAUGAAGUGAAGUGAUGAUUAAUUUUGUUACAUUCUGUGUUAGGUUAAGUAACGAUUCAUUUUUAAGACCUUUUUCCUGGAUUUCCUGAGUUACUUCAACCAUAAUGAUUUAUUUGUAGGAUUCGUAAGCCAUAGUUCCAUGAGCAAGAGGGGCUGGCCUGUGGCAGAACCCACAGAGUUCAGAGAUUAUGUUCAUGAGGUGGAUAUAUGGAAAUGAAGAAAAAUGCAAAUAUAUAUGCCCAUCAUCCAACUUUCCUUCAACCUAAGCACGUACAGGAAACCCUCAAUGUAACGGACUAAGAGCGGGGACAGGGUGUCCAUUAUUGCUGAUGUCUACCAUAAUUGAGUGCAGGGGUAUUCAUGGAAGUACACCAUACAAUAUACAGCCAAUAUGCCCAAUAACAAAGAAACACACACUGUGAUUAUAUAAAGCUUUUUGUAUUGUUGUUCUUUUUUAUUUUAUAGUUUUCUAACUACAAAACCUUCUCAGCGUCUCAACAUUUCUAAAAAUUCACAACUGUACACAUUUUGUCCAUUAUAUCCAGGUCCAUUUUAAUGAGGGUUUACAUAUAUGCAGCCACUGUGAUUAACAUGCCCAUCAACAUCAUCAUCCAAUAAUAUUUCCACAAGAGUGAGUAAUUUUAUAACAGACUUCAUUAUGUCUUCUCUACCCUGCUACACAAGCAUUCCUCUUGUAUCUGAUCCUACACUUUACUUACUCUCCUUCAGCGGCCUCCGUAGUCUAGGGGUAACGUUCCCACCUCGUGACUCAAGGUAUGCGGGUUCAAACCCGGUGGAGGUC